AUGGCCGAAGCGAACCUCACAAUGGAGCUCGAUCCCAAGUACGACGACUAUGACUUCCCUACGACCUCCACCGUUACAAUCCCUGGUCACCCAGGCCAUUUGACUCCCGAGCACCAGGCCCAAGUACACCAGCUGCGGUUGAUGUUGGAAUCCGAGGGCUAUACCCAACGCCUGGAUACCUUGACAUUGCUGCGGUUCUUGCGAGCCCGCAAGUUCGAUGUCAAUCUCACAAAGAAGAUGUUUGUCGAGUGCGAGAACUGGCGGAAAGAGACCAACCUGGAUGAGGUUGUUCCCACCUGGGAGUACCCAGAGAAGGAGGAGGUCUUCAAGUACUAUCCCCAGUACUACCACAAAACCGACAAGGAUGGCCGACCACUCUACAUCGAACAGCUCGGCAGCAUCGACUUGACCGCCAUGUACAGCAUCACAACGGCCGAGCGCAUGCUGACGAACCUCGCCGUCGAGUACGAGCGCGUGGCCGACCCCCGGCUCCCGGCCUGCAGCCGCAAGGCCGGCGUCCUCCUCGAGACGUGCUGCACCAUCAUGGACCUGAAGGGGGUGGGCAUCAGCAAGGCGGGCCAGGUGUACAGCUACGUCAGGCAGGCUAGCGCCCUCAGCCAGAACUACUACCCGGAGCGGCUCGGCCACCUCUACGUCAUCAACGCCCCCUGGGGCUUCAGCGGCGUCUGGGGCAUCAUCAAGGGGUGGCUGGACCCCGUCACCGUCCAGAAGAUCCACAUCCUCGGGAGCGGCUACCAGAAGGAGCUGCUAGCCCAGGUGCCGGCCGAGAACCUGCCCAAGCAGUUCGGCGGCACCUGCGAGUGCGAGGGCGGUUGCCAGCUCAGCGACAUGGGGCCCUGGCGCGAGGCGGAGUGGGCCCGCCCCGCGAAGUGGGAGAAGAAGGGCGGCGCGGAUAAGGCCGAGGCCGAGGCUGCUACCAUCGAGAACACCCCCGGUGAGAUUCAGGAGGCUGAGGGCGCCACCGGCGCGGCC